CUUCAACAUAUUCAACAUGGAAGGGUUGUGAAGAAGCUUUUAUAAAGUUUCUUCACAAAUCAAAGUUCUUCCACAUCAAGCUCAUUUACUCAAGAUACAACAAUGGUGAGGUACAUCGAUUUUGGCUACGGGAUGCCGUAUAGACGUGCCGCUACUCCGCCCACGUACAACGGCUAUGAUAGGAGCUGCGGCUCUUACUCUACCCAAAGGAGGAGGAGUUGGCAACACUUGGCGAUAUGGCGACUACAGCGGCAACAAGGAUUGGCGGAAGUCGGGCGGUGACAAUUGCCGGGGCGAGAAGGACGAGUUCAACUACAAGAAAGAGAUCGCCCUGAUGGUUCCCACUGUCAUCGACGGCUAUGUUGCAUCAAGGCCUGGUCAUGGGACCGGAUCACUAUCUAAGCCAACAAACAAUUAUCCUCGUCAGCACCAGGCAGGUACAAUAUACAUGGAAUCGGUCUCGACGGCUUAUCAUUACCCGGAGACAAUGCUUCACACCAUGGAUGCAACAAAGAGAUAUGGAAACAUCAAUUUGGGGUCGUGUACAAAAUUGGGAGGAAUUAUUACUGAUGUUCAUCAUCGGAAAUCAGAGUGUAAAAUUUGUCGGCUUAAGCUAAUGCCAUUUCAUCAUGUUAUAUGUUGGAUUCGCCUGUUUGGGAUUGAGGUCAUGUACGAAGAAUUAUAUACAGCAUGUAGUGAUUUGUCGUACUGUCGCAUCGAAGGAUUGUUAUAUCAGAUAAAUGAUUCCCUCUCUAUCCUUCGAGUUAGUAAGGAGGUAUUGUCUUUGUUUCUGUUGGUUAAUCCAUUGCAGUAAUUGCAUUUUGCGCGAUGAAGCGUGGACUUCCGAAUAAGUCAUUACCAGCUCGCCACAGAUGAUAGAUGCAUCCAUUCCAGGCGAGUUUCGACGACACUGCUCUGGCACUAACUUCUUUGACAUGCAGAGUUAUCCAUUGAAAUUCAACAUCCCAAUCUCCAGGAACUCUAUCGACUGAGCAUAGCAAUACACGUCUUUGCCAAACCCCAGAAGCGAAUGCACACUCAAAUAACAAAUGAGCUCGAGAUUCAAUAGCCCGCUUGCAUAUAGCAAAUGCAUAGCCA